GCAAAACACAAAGUCAGAGGGGUUUGAAGCUGUGAGGUCAUACAAGGUGGGGGUGGUGGUGACAGACACUGGACAAAUAAACUGGAAGCCGGGGGCUGGGCAGGGGGAAGCACUCUACAGGAUAUGCAAGAGAGAAUCAGAAUAGAACCACUCAAAACUGAGAAACAUGACGUUGAAAGUAAGCCGAAGCUCAACAGAACUAAUAAAGAAGUAUUGAAACAGGCAAGAACACCAGAGACAACAUAUGGGAACAGCUGCAGUUCAAAUCUGUCAACAACAUGUACUUUUAUAUAGACACCUGAGUCCCAAAACCUAAUGAUUGUAUCAUCUAUUUCAAGGGGCAGCAGCAACGUCAGACCACCUACAUCUCUGAGGCAAGUUGUCAUACACUGUGAAAAAGAACGUUAUGUUUUGCUGCAUACCAAAGAAAGGCUUGUUUUUGUACAGUUCAUUAAGGAUUUGUCUUUGAAGCCGUGGAUAUUUCAUUCCCUAAACAUGAGCUUCUAAAUUCUACCUGAGCAGAAGCUUACUGUUUAUAGGGGUCCUUUUGAAUAUGUUUACAGUACUGGGAGCUAAGAAGAGCUGUUUUCCCCGGAGUUCCCCUCAUAUGUUCCUGUGGUCUCUGAGACAUGUAAAAUGACAACUGGUUUUGUUUUCUCCAGAAGGAAUUAGUCUGUGUCGUUGGUCAUUAUUCUCAAUUACUGAGUGUCGUACAUACCGGUUGGUUUUUGCUUUGGUCUGUUUUCCUGCAGUCUGGGAUGUAACCUGCUGAGAGAAUGAGAGAAUUCUGAAAUGAACAGGCUUUGACUUAGAACCAGGAAAAGAACACAACAGAAGAAGUCGGAGACAAUGGAGGGCGACUGCCUGAGUUGCAUCAAAUACCUCAUGUUUUUCUUCAAUUUCUUCAUCUUCCUGGGAGGUGCCUUUCUGCUCGGAACUGGAAUUUGGGUAUUGGUGGAUCCCACUGGAUUUCGAGAGGUUGUUGCAGCUAACCCCAUCCUUUUCACGGGGGUGUAUAUUGUCCUUGCCAUGGGAGCCAUGCUUUUCUUGCUAGGAUUUCUGGGUUGCUGUGGCGCUAUCCGUGAGAACAGAUGUCUGCUACUUUUUUUCUUCAUAUUGAUUUUAAUCAUCUUCUUGGCUGAGCUUGCAGCAGCAAUCGUGGCUUUCAUCUUCAGAGAACAUCUAACUAGAGAAUUCUUUACCAAAGAACUGAAAAAGCAUUACAUGGGCAGUAAUAGUUCUGAUGUCUUCUCAGCCACGUGGAACUCCAUCAUGAUUGCGUUUGGCUGUUGUGGAGUAAAUGGGCCUGAAGAUUUUGAAGAGACGAUAAACUUCCCAACCAUGCCUAAUCAGAAUGUGCCAGAAGCUUGCUGUAAGCGAGACCUUCAUCUCCGUCAGGUAACCACUGAUUACCGUGAGGAGUGCCUGCAGGGCAAGGAAUCAUUCUACAAUAACCAGGGAUGCUACACUGUGAUCUUGAAUUCUCUGGAGCCGUAUGUGUACUUGGCUGGAGCAUUGACUAUUGGGGUCCUGGCAAUUGAGCUCUGUGCUAUGAUUUUUGCCAUGUGCUUAUUUCGUGGAAUCCAGUAACAAAAGACCAUUUUCAGCACUACAGUGUUUUACUGUAACUAUAUUUAAAGGCAACAAAUGUGAGAUAUUAUCCAGAACUGCUGGUUUUCCACAUGAAUUGCCCCAAGGAUUUGUACUUCAGGGGCUGGAACUUUGAGGUGCUCAGAAUCCAGAGGUCCUGCUUUUCCAAUUUGGAAUUCAUAGCUGGAGGAAAAAUAUACAAUGAAAAUGCUGAUUGCACUACAGUUUGGAGUAUCCCAGUUGCAGGACAAUGUGAAAGAAAAAGGAUGCUGUGAAUGGUUUAACAAUCUUCGUUUUUCAGCAAAUGCCAACAGCUGACUGUUUUGUGUAUCAUCCCUUCAACACCAAAGUUGUUCCUUCAGUCAUUCCUUGCUUUUCAAGAUUUGCGUCUAUCUUUCUAUUCCAUUACAUAUUUUAAGUGUACCACCGUCAUCACAGGAAAGAGUUUCCUUUCAAUGUUACAUGCAAUGCUGCUAUAUAUAUAAAUUAUGCCACAUGCAUCAGUUUUAAUCCAGACUGAAAUGCAACAUUUUUUACAAACUCAAAAAAGCUGCAGUGCACAAGGCUUUACUAGAAAGAAAAAUGUAGAUUGGAAUGCCUAAAUGACAAACAAUGGCACAGGAAAAAAUAGUUAUGGGGUUAUAGUAAUUUCUGUCCAAUGAGCAAGGGCACAUUUUGAAUAGCACCAAGUCCCAGCACUGUGUAACCAUAGAGAGUUAUAUACUUGUCUACUGCAGUUGUGUGGCAGCUGCAGUUGAGGUCAGAUACAAGACACAGCUGAAAGUAAGCAUCACAUGUCAUUAUUUAAUUUACUUUAGUUUGACUGAAGUGUUGUACAGGAGUAUAUACAUGUAUGUGUGUGUGUGUGUAUUUGUUGACUGUUGAAAAGUCCAUAUAUUUUGAUUUCAUCCCACUCAAUUGAAAAGCACAUCUGGUUACAGUACCAAAUUAUCGAAAGCUUUCAUCAAAAGGUGUUCUAUUUACAGGUGCUUGUAUUUUUCUAUAAAUGUGGUAUUUUAUUUAACUAUUUCAGCUUAAAUGGACAUUUUAAUUAUUGUUGUUACACAAAUCAUUCUGGGGAGGGAAAAUAGCCUUCCAAUUUUUAAAUUAUGUCAUUUAAGAACAAAAUAUACUUCACAUGGUCAUAAAUGGA